GCAGAAGAAGGCACUCUCUGAGGUAACCUGAACCUAAGCUGUUCAGGGCUUUAAAGCCCAUUAGUCCAAUCCAGGAGAGAUGGAAGCCACCAAUGAGACUAUGUCUUAUGAGAAGGAUCUGGCAACCCUUGUUGCCAGUCUGGGGAGAUGGUCAUGGAGUCCACCAAUUAUACACUGGCACCUGACUUUGAGCUGCUUGGAUUCCUGGACCUGCAGAACUACCACACCCUCCUCUUUGUGAUCUUGCUUGUGAUCUACCUGCUGAUCCUGAGUGCCAAUAUCACCAUCUUCACCAUCAUCUGUGCCACCCCCCGCCUUCACAUCCCCAUGUAUUUCUUUAUUGCCAUAUUGGCUGUCCUGGAGGUCUUCUACACCACAGUCACUAUGCCCAAGAUGCUGGUGGACCUUCUGGGAAGCAAGAAAUCCAUCUCCUUCCAUGGCUGUCUUCUGCAAAUCUAUUUCUUCCACAGCCUAGGGAUCACCGAGGCCUGUUUGCUCACAGCAAUGGCUUAUGACCGAUACUUAGUCAUCUGUACUCCAUUAAAUUAUACAACUGUUAUGACGACCAAACUGUGCUUCCAGCUGGUGUUUGGAUGCUGUGCUUGUGGCUUUGUGCUUCCCUUGCCAGAAAUCAUCCUGACUUCCAGAUUACCGUUCUGUCAGCAAGGUCGUAUAAAUCAUAUUUUCUGUGAUUUCCCCCCACUGAUCAGCCUUGCCUGUACAGACAUAAAAACCAACAUUAUGAUAGACUUCUCGCUCCACUCUGUGGUCAUCCUCUGCCCCAUCUUUCUUAUCCUUCUCUCAUACACAAAGAUAUUGACGGUUGUUAUGAAGAUCAAGAGCUCAGAAGGCCGCCAGAAGGCUUUUUCCACCUGUGCUUCACACCUCAUUGUGGUUCUUGCCUUUUUUGGAACCAUUACUUUCAUGUACAUGCGCUUGACAUGGAUUGGAUCACUGCAUUGUGAUCGGAUCAUAGCCGUUGUCUAUGCCUUCCUUAUCCCUCUGUUCAAUCCUGUGAUCUAUAGCUUGAGAAACAAAGACAUCAGGGAUGUGAUUUAAAAAAAAUUUGUUCCUCUGGUCUGGCACGUCGGGACAUGAGAUGCUCUGGCUGUUGAACUUCUUGAAACACAGCUGUUGUUCAGUUAACAAAGGUCCUGCUCACACAGUUAUGAUUUAUUAUCUCACCCUUCCUUUAGAAAUCUCUGAAAAGCACCCAAUGGUCUCCCAUUGAGACACCAAUCAGAUUUACUAUGUUGGACAUCCAAGAUGAAAUCCUCAUUCAGCCAUGAAACUCACUGGGUGAAACUGAGCCAGUCAGCCUAAUCUACCACACAGGGUUGUUGUGAGAAUGUACAACACUCUGGGCUUCUUGGAGGAAGAGCAGGAUAUAAACGUAAAAAUAAACAAAAAUACUACAGAAUAAGCCUCACUAAACACAGUGGAACUUAUUUAGGAUUGUGCUACGUGAGUCAUAAUUCAUAAUUAUGUUAACAGAGGUUCUUGAAAUAUAAUUAAUUACAGGAUUCCAAGCAGUGUGUACUUCCAGAAUUCAUUAUUUGUUCUUAAAUAGGUGGUUAAUUGAUCAGGCUUAAUCAAAUUCUCCCUCCUUCUUAACUAUUCAGUCUUUGUAAUAGCUGUCAAUGCUUCCUGAUAUUCACCAAAUACUUGACUGGUUGCUGUACACAAAUAAAAUUGUGGCUCAUGAA